AUGGUCCAAGCUAGCGACCAAAGCGCUGCCGAUGUGAGGCGCGUGAACCAGCAGCUCGAAGAACGUCAUUACGAGUUCCGCUCCAACUGCAAUGACGGCGAUGGUGACGCCAGCGCGUGCCACAGCUGGGGCGAGUGGCUUGCCGUCGUGGACAAGAACUACAAUGACGCCGCUAAAAUGUAUGAGCUUAACUGCUCCAAGAACGGAUACCCGGCCUCGUGCUUCAACCUCGGACGCCUGAAGCUUGCUGGCAAGGGUGCGGAGCAGGAUGACCCGAAAGCCUUCAAACUUUUCCAGAAAUCGUGUUCAGGUGGCCACGCUGCUGCUUGUCACCACGUGGGCUUUAUGCGUACACAAGGCAUUGGCUGCGAGAAGGACCUCGCUAAGGCUGUUGCAGCUUUCAAGGACGGGUGUGACCGCGACGACGCCAACAGCUGCAAUCGUGUGGCGACGAUGUAUCUGCGGCCAGGGCCGAACAGCCCGAUCACGCGCGACAUCCAGCAGGCGAAAACUUACCUGGAAAAGGCGUGUGAUGCAAAUUAUGCUCCUGCGUGUCAUAACCUGGCUGUGAUGUACAAGAAGGGUGACGAGAGUAUCCCGAAGGAUGAGUCCAAGUACGAGGAAUACCGGGCCAAGACGGAACAACUGAUUAAACAAGCAGGUGGCAUGUCCUCUAUCAAGUCAGCCUAA